AUGAACCCACCUUCGCCCCUUGCGGCCGAAGGUCCCAUCCUCGGCCUCACCGACCGAGAGAACCCUGCUGUGCCACCCGGCACACCUCGAGUGGAAACGCCUGGUCAGCAAAACACCCUGGAAGACAGGAUGGAAGCCCUGCAGCGGGAAAUGAUCAGGAUGCAGGAGCACAACAAUAUCCUCUCAUCCAAACUGGACGACACCCAGAAACAGCUUCACGAGUAA